UUGUUUAAUAUAUAAUUUAAAAUUUGUAAACCCAAAAAAUGCAAUGUUUUUUCUACUGACAUUGGUGUUAAUAAUUUUACUAAAUGAAGCAAACGCCUACAUCAGACAAGAUACAGAAACAAUAUUGCUGCCGGUAUUAAAUCCGAUUGGCGCAAAGGAGAUACCGUUAACUCUGAAAGUUUUCGGACAAUUGAUUCAACUAAACCUGCGUAAAAAUGAUCAGAUUGUACCGCCUGAAUUCGAAGUAUGGAAAAAUAACUGGAAAAGCGAUACAGAAAAAUUGUUGCAAUUAAAUGUAUCAGAUCCUUGCUAUUAUUAUCAUAAAGAUUAUAUCAGCUCUGCGGCUAUCAAUUUUUGUCAUGAAUACGGAUUGAAUGGACUCGUCUUUCUGCAGGACGACACAUUAGAGAUUCGGCCUUUGUGGAACGAAUUUACGCCUUUGUGCUUAACCGACGAUAUUAGAAAGCAAUCUAAUCUUUCAUUUGGCAAAUCUCAUCUUAUUAAAAGAUCACUGCAUUAUUUUGCUGAUUCAAAUCUUUACCAUUCAGAUUAUUCUAAAUUUAAGCGACAUCGUGUACGAAAUGCUGAACAAAAGUUAAUCAUAAAACUUGCCGUUUUUGUUGACGAUGCUGCAUAUCGUAAGUUUUUGUCGCUUCUUGACAACGAUAAAGAGAAAGUACAGAAUUUAGUAUUAGCGUAUGUCAAUCGCAUCGAGUCUACGUUCCAUCAUCCGAGCGUGGGUGUCUCCAUCGAUAUUUCGUUGGUACAUUUGUAUAUUAUAAAAAAACAGGCAUCAGAUUUGAUUUACUCUGACGGUGAAGUUUACAAAGUGCUUGAUUUGUUUUGCAAAUACGCGAAUUCUCUCAAUCCACCAGAUGACAAUGAUCCAGGUCACUGGGACAUUAGUCUUUACCUAACCGGAAAAAAUCUUUAUGAACAUCCGGACGCUUGGAUGUCUGAUAAAGGAGGCACAAAAGUCGAUGUUAGAACAGGAUCAAGUUAUAUUAAUACAGUGUGCAGUCCGCAAAAGUCGUGCGCUAUAACGGAGUUCGGUGCUGUAUCUGACGGCUCUUCCUCGGGUUUUUCAUCAUCACUUUCUGCUCUUUAUCUGAUCGGCAAUCUUUUAGGAUUGGAUUUCGAUAAGGAUCCUUUUGAAUCUUAUACAAAUGCGGAUGAUGUAAAUAUAACUGUUAUGUCACCUUACCGAUAUUUUUGGGGGUAUGUAACAUGGUCCAACCGUAGUCGUAAUCAAAUGGAAAAACUCUGGGAAAGGAAGCCGUGUCUUCGAGAUGGUACAACAUCGGAAAACAUUGAUGACGCUUCUGCAUUUGAUCAUUCGCGUUAUCACAAUUUACCCGGAAGAGAAUGGACUGCCAAAGCACAAUGCGUAAUAUAUUUGCGUGAUAAUGAUGCGAAUUUAGUAACGUUGCGUGAUAUAUGUCAAACUUUAGAAUGCGAGGCGCCAUAUAAAAAUAAGUCCUACUUUGUAGGACCAGCGUUGGAUGGAACUUUUUGCGCAUUUGGGAAAGAAUGUCGCGGCGGAAAAUGCGUGCCUAUUAUCGAACCGCCGUACAUUUUUAAGUAUUGUGAAGACGAUAACUGGAGCGAAUGGAAAGCGGACUCCUGUAGAAGUAGUUGCUUGGCACAAUCCAAAGGCGUGGUAGCCAAACGACGUUCUUGCAAGCAUGGAACUGACAGAACGAUGAAUUGCAUAGGACCAUAUUACGACGUGGUUCUGUGCGAUGAUUCUUUACUCUGUAGUGAGAAACGCAUUGCAAUCGCCGAGUUUACUACAAUAAAAUGCACUGAAUUCAGCGAUAUUAUGUCAGAACUGAAAUCAGAGCCAGGAUGGCAAGGUUCUUAUUACAACGAUAGAUCAUGGAUGGCGUGUACUAUAUUUUGUCAACGAAAGAAUCUUCCUAUUUACUUUCCUUAUUACGCACCACGCAUAGAAAUGAUCGCUAAUGGCGUGAAUCCAUACUUUCCAGAUGGAACAUUGUGUCACACAGAACGUAACCAGAAUUAUUAUUGUCGUAAGCAUCACUGUCUGCCGGAAAACUAUACAUUCGGGAAAAAAUUUCCAACUAAUUUAUAUCUUAACGAGGAUAUGGAAGAAUUGUGAUUGCAAAACAUGCGUAAUCGAUUUAUAACCAUCAGUUACUUUGUCAAGUUUCUGACGUUUGUAUCUGACGUAUUGUUUUUGAUAAUUUUUAUUUUAUGCUGGAUUGAUUCAACAGUCGACGUAGACAAAUGGAUCGACGAUUGUGUCAAAAGCGGCACUUGAAACAAAUUACAUUUCUUUUGUUAGUAUUAAUAAGAUCAAAAAGAAAACAAAAAUGAAAAAGUUAUUAGUUAUUAAUUGACAAGAUUAUGAAAGAAGACUAUUGGGUAAAGCAGUCUUCGCAUAAGACUUUUGGUUAACAGUCUUAUGCUGUAUGAGAAAAUGUUUUUAGCGAAAUUAAAAACAAUGAUAUAUUGUUAUUU